GAUGCGUCGAUGGGUUGAAUUGGGAAAUUCUUCCCUUUUGAGAUUGUGAAUGUCGAUAUUCUGGUUCACAACAUGACCAACCGCAACAUUGAUGUUUCUCAGGUAGAAGGGCCUAAUAAUCCACAGCCUGUUGCCUCCGGGGAUCCGGAUCAGUCUCGCGGGGGCAAUAAGGUUUACAAAAGCGGUCCCCUGUAUAUAUCAUCCAAAGGUAUUGGAUGGACUUCUUGGAAGAAAAGGUGGUUCAUUUUAACACGCACCUCAUUAGUCUUCUUUAGAAGUGAUCCUAAUGCGGUCCCAUUGAAAGUAGGUGAAGCGAAUUUAACACUUGGGGGUAUCGAUCUCAACAGUUCAGGCAGUGUGCUUGUCAAAGAAGAUAAGAAGCUACUGACUGUACUCUUUCCUGAUGGUCGUGACGGGCGAACUUUCACUCUUAAGGCUGAAACAUCAGAAGACUUGCUUGAGUGGAAGGCUGCACUAGAAGAAGCUUUGGUAAAUUCCCCAAGUGCUACUCUCAUUGUGGGACAAAAUGGAAUAAUCAGGAAUGAUCAAACAAAUGCGGUUGAUGUUUCCUCAGAACAAUCCAAGGACAAAUCACCUGUGAAAUCUUUGGUCAUUGGUCAGCCAGUUUUACUUGCUUUGGAAGGUAUAGAUGGGACUCCGUCAUUUUUGGAGAAAGCUCUUAGGUUUGUAGAAGAACAUGGAGUUAAAGUUGAAGGUAUCUUGCGGCAAGCCGCAUAUGUUGAUGAUGUUGAGCGUCGGAUCCGAGAGUAUGAAAAAGGGAAAAUUGAGUUUUCUGCCGAAGAGGAUGCACAUGUCAUAGCUGACUGUGUCAAGUAUAUACUCCGGGAGUUACCAUCAUCUCCAGUUCCUGCAUCUUGUUGCAAUGCUCUGUUAGAAUCUUGCCGAGUUGAGCGUGGUAUGAGAGUAAGUGCUAUUCACUCAGCUAUACUGGAGACUUUUCCUGAGCCAAAUCGACGUUUAUUACAAAGAAUUCUUGUAAUGAUGAGAAAUGUGGUUUCUCACAAGAACGAGAACCGGAUGAGCACUUCAGCUGUUGCUGCUUGCAUGGCGCCUUUGCUACUGCGUCCUCUAUUAUCUGGAGAGUGCGAACUUGAACAUAACUUUGAUAUGGGUGGCGAUGGCUCUAUUCAACUUCUGCAAGCAGCUGCCGCAGCAAACCAUGCUCAAGCUAUUGUCAUCACUUUGCUAGAAGAGUAUGAUAAGAUUUUUGGGGAAGGCUCUGUGCAAACUGAACUCUACUCUGACUCAGAUGGUAGUGAAAGCGGUAGUGAAGAAAUUACUGAUGAUGAUGGAAACUAUGAAGGUAGUGAUUAUGAUGAUGACAACGAAGAGGAAGAAGAUGAAGAAGGGGAUAGUGCUGAAGAGGGGUCUGAUGCAGAAAUAACAAAUAAUUCUGAGCACGCAUCUAGAGCUACUAGUCAGACUGGUGAAAAUGAAGGUGCUAGCAAGGUCUCUAGUCCCAAGUCACCUGAAGCAUGCAAUGCUCUUGAAGUUAAUAACAAAUCUCAACCAGUAGCCCUUCAAACAUCUGUAAAGCAAGAAACACCUACGAGGCCAGAAACUGAACCCAAGGCAGAAAAUGCAGAUUCGUCCCCUUCUAAAAAAUCUACGGAUGCAUCUCAUGCCAAGAAGAACCACUCCGUGGAAUCUGUUAAUACCCCCCUUGAUGAUGAUGCUGAAAUCCAGAAGCUUGAGGCCAUGAAUACUGACUUACGAAACAGAAUCACCAAAGAGGCUAAGGUGAAUGCAGAUCUUCAAGAAAGUAUGGAGAAACAGAAGAAUACCUUGCAUGAGCGCCGUCUAACUCUAGAGAAAGAAGUUGCAAGGCUUCAGGAUCUAUUGGAGAAGGAACAGGAGCUGAGGGUGAUACUGGAAGCCAGACUUAUCAAUCCUCAAGGAUCAUUGUCCAUACCUUCCAGUAUCAGCAAAGCUGUGAAAGCAAAGCUGGAAGAGAUUGCUCAAGCCGAGGCAGAUGUUAUGAAUUUGAAACAGAAGGCCGCUGAUAUCGAAGCAGAACUCAAUGAGCAGAGAGAACACAACUCCAGGUUUCAUAUUGAUUCGGGGAAUCAAGCGCGCCAAAAAACGACUCAUCAAGGAAAAAUAAAGGAGAAAGCAGAAAGUGACAGGGACAAGAAAAGUGAAGUUCAGCCAUCAGCGAAUAAACCGAUGCUGAAUUUUAACUCUCCUGCAGCUUCAUUCGCUGCCUCUGUUGAAUCUUUGCUGGCUGUGAAGGGGCCUUCCUCUUCUUCUUCUUCUUCAUCAACCAAUUCCAAGAAAUCUGGCUCGAAAAAUGAGGGGGCGACAGCGACUUCAGCACUGUCAAAGCUAACGAACCGGCUCAACUUCUUGAAAGAACGCAACACUCAAGUUGGAAAUCAGGCCCAACCACUUGACAAGGAGAGGAAUUCUGGGCAGCCUGCCUGGUCGAUUGAGAGAAAAGGGUCAGACCCUCCCCCAUCCUUGCAAAACAUAUUCGAAAGCAGCCCUUCUUCAUCAGAACAUAGAGACCCAAACAGCAACCAAGCUGCUGUACAGAAUGUGGAUGGUCAACAAUCACUUCAAACUCCUCAAGAUACAUCAAGGAGCUCAGAUGGGCUUAAUACUAAUAACAACAACAAUAAUAGUAGUAAUAACAACAACAAUUAUAAUAGCAACAACAACAACAACAACAAUAAUAAUAUGGACCGUGAUAAAACAGAAAGUUUCCCUGAGAAAAGCCGAAAUAAGGUGCCCCCUAGGACAGCUUCCAGAUGAUACACCUUGGUGAUGCUGAAGCCAUUCCUUUUGGUUUUUGGUUUUCUUUUUUUCUUGCAUUAACCACAUUAUAGCAUCUGAUGUAUUUGUUCGGGGACAACAACACUGGAAGAUGAUUAGCAAGCUUUCCAAAUUUGUUGUCCUUGAACCAUUGCACCAGCUUCCAUUCCAUUCCCUGCUGGUGCUGAAUGAGUAUAUAUGUCUGGAGCAAAGCGUGGUGCCCUUUUUUGGGUGUAGCAAAAUGCCUAUUGGAUCAAUAGAGAUUCUAAUUUUUGUUGGUUUUUGUUUUCAAGUACAGUUAGAUAUAGUGGCUCACGCUCAUUAUCAAAUCUUUGUUUCAAGUGUUCCUAGAAUCUUGAAAUGCUGACACGAAGAGCCUUUGUAAAGAAAGACAUGUUCUCAUUUUUGUCUUUUGAUAUGUAUGUAUAGCUUCAUCCAUUUCCACAACUUCCAUUCAGCCAUGUCCAAUUGUAUGUAGUAUGUAUGCCACUUGUAGCUAUCACUUUGCUUUUCCU